AAAAAAGUACCGGCUCGGGACUUCGCCGCCGCCGCUCCGCUUCUCCGCUCCGGGCUGGUUCCAGGCAAAAGUAGUUUGAAUGUACAACAUGAUGGAAACCGAGCUGAAACCUCCCGCCCCCCAGCAAACUUCGGGGGGAGGCACAGGCAACUCCAACUCGGCCGCGAACAACCAGAAGAACAGCCCGGACCGGGUCAAGCGCCCCAUGAACGCCUUCAUGGUUUGGUCCCGCGGGCAGCGGCGGAAAAUGGCCCAGGAGAACCCGAAGAUGCACAACUCGGAGAUCAGCAAACGGCUCGGGGCCGAGUGGAAACUUUUAUCCGAGGCGGAGAAGAGACCCUUCAUUGACGAAGCCAAACGGCUCCGAGCUCUGCACAUGAAGGAGCACCCGGAUUAUAAAUACCGACCCCGGAGGAAAACCAAGACCCUGAUGAAGAAGGAUAAGUACACGUUGCCAGGGGGCUUACUGGCGCCGGGCACCAAUACCAUGACGACCGGGGUAGGGGUUGGGGCCACCUUGGGAGCUGGGGUGAACCAGAGGAUGGACAGUUACGCGCACAUGAACGGCUGGACCAACGGAGGCUAUGGGAUGAUGCAAGAGCAGCUCGGCUACCCGCAGCACCCGGGCUUGAACGCGCACAACGCGGCGCAGAUGCAGCCCAUGCACCGCUACGACGUGAGCGCCCUGCAGUACAACUCCAUGACCAGCUCGCAGACGUACAUGAACGGAUCGCCUACCUACAGCAUGUCGUACUCCCAGCAAGGGACCCCGGGCAUGGCCCUGGGCUCCAUGGGCUCGGUGGUCAAGACGGAAUCCAGCUCCAGUCCCCCCGUAGUCACCUCCUCGUCUCAUUCGAGGGCUCCUUGCCAAGCCGGGGACCUUCGGGACAUGAUCAGCAUGUAUCUACCAGGUGCUGAAGUACCAGAACCAGCUGCCCCAAGCAGACUUCAUAUGUCCCAACACUACCAGAGUGCACCUGUUCCUGGCACAGCCAUUAAUGGCACACUCCCUCUAUCACAUAUGUAAGACAAAGGGGCC